AGCGCGCGGGUGAGAGUGUCUCAGACUGAGAGGAGCUUCAUCAUAACUGUUAUUAUACUGAAUAACUCAGAGUUACAGCCGUUAUAAUCACUGUGUCAUAAAAAUGUCAAACUGUACGUCAAAGAAAAGGAAACAUUGCUCUCCAGAAUCUGAGAGUAACCCAGCCAAGAAGAAAGACCUGAGGAGAACAUCCUCUCGUCAGAAGGAAAACAGCUCGCCUCAACUAAGUUCUCCCGAAAGGACGCGUGCCAGAUCGCGUUUGCCCCUGACACCCAAAAAGACGCUGAGGGCAUCGACGCUGGAGUCGCCGCCCAAGAAAGCCUCUCCUUUAAAAUCGACCCUGGGCGCCGGGUCCUUCUACAGCAAACAGAAACCACUUUAUCUCACACCGGUCGAGAGAAAGCUGCUGAAAGAGACCAGGUCUCCGCCGUCGAACCCGGAGAAAGAUCAGCCCAGCGUUCCCGCGCCUGCAGGGAAACCCGCCAAAGCAAAAAGGCCGAAGAUAAAAGAAAAAGCCGGGGGCCAGAAGUCGAACCUAAAGAGCUACUUCACGAAUAUGCCAAACUGGAGCACGAGAGAAGAUUCAUCUGUAAAGCCUGUCGAGAUGAAGAAGCAAGCUCCCGUCACGUUCGGCAGUUUGAAGCCCAAAAACAAGCCCAGAAUUGUUGUAGGUGCUGCUUUCUUCAGCACCGGUAAAAAACCCGUGUCCAUGUUCAAACCACACGCCUCAAAAACGAAGCCCAAACAGUCUGGCAGCGGCUUGCAGAAACCCACCUCAGAAAACCCGCCGGCUCAGAAGGACGUGGUUCCGGUGCCGAGAGAGAAAUCUCCCAUACGCAGGGCGGUUUUUAUUAACAAGACGGAACGCAAACUGCCAGAGCAGGCUUCCUUAAACGCUCGGCCCUUAAACACAGAUUCCUGCGACGUCGGCACAGGGGUUCUGCGGAGAUCCCGGUCACCGGUUAAAUCCGAUACCAACCAGGACUUUGCUGCCGAGCCUGGUACUGACGCAGCGCUGGACAUCAGUGAAAUCAGCACUUUAAACCCUGACGACUGUUCAGAUAAUGAAACAUCAGCUGUGUACCCCAUCUUUGGCUCCAAAAGGGGGUCUGAGAGAAAGCGAUGCCUAUCUUCUCCCCUGAACUGCAGCGCUCCGUCUGCCCUGAAUGGCACGCCCGGUCUCUUGGCCAAGGAGAGGAGCGCCCGGAGAAAGAAGGAGCUGAAGAAGCAGAGUGAUGAGGAUCAGCUCAUCAUCGAUGCCGGACAGAAGCAGUUCGGUGCCACCACAUGUGGGUCCUGUGGCAUGUUAUACAGUGCAGACAGUCCAGAGGACAACUUCCAGCACACCCAGUUCCACCAGCGCUUCCUCGAUACCAUCAAGUUUGUGGGCUGGAAGAAGGAGAGGGUCGUAGCAGAAUUCUGGGACGGCAAAAUCAUCCUGGUCCUUCCUGAUGAUCCUAAAUACGCAACUAAGAAGGCAGAGGACGUACGGCGCGUUGCGGAUUCCGAACUCGGCUUCCAGCAGAUCAGCCUCAGCAGCCCCGGUUCUGCUAAAACGUACCUGUUCAUCGACAGUGAUAAAAUGGUGGUGGGCUGCCUGGUUGCUGAGCCAGUAAGACAGGCGUUUAGAGUCCUGGAGCAGCCUGAGAAGCAGAAGGACAUGACCAGGGACGAUUUCAUGGAGCGUCACAGAGCCUGGUGCUGCUCCACUGUUCCCGAGAGAGCCAUCUGUGGGGUUAGUCGUAUCUGGGUGUUUAGCCUAAUGAGGAGGAAGGGCAUCGGCACACGUCUGCUGGACACGGUCAGGAGUUCCUUCAUGUAUGGAAGCCCCCUGACCAAAGAGGAGAUCGCCUUCUCCGAUCCCACUCCUGACGGCAAGCUGUUCGCAACCAAAUACUGCGGGACGCCCACGUUUUUGGUCUACAACUUCAUCAGCUAAAAGAAAACGCUCUUAGAUGCGGAUUGUUUAUUAUUAUGUUCUGUGUUUAUACUUUUUGAAGCAUGUUGUGAGAUGUUCAGUACUGAGGGCUGCUUUCAUGUUCAGGCUGAAGAAACGUUUCUCUUGUGAAUAAAAGUUGGCUGCGAGUUCACUUGUUAUUUUAAUGUGCCAAGAAAAUCUUUAAAUAUAUUUAGGUUGUAAUUAUUCAGUGAUUUAAAUAUUUCAGGCAAAAAAAUACAACAUUAGUUUUUUUCUGUAUACCCUUAGUGUAGCUGAUUAACCUUACAGUGGCGGGACUAGUCCAAAUUUGCUAAUGGUCAAGUUUCAAAAGUAGUUGAAUCAUUCAAAAUAUUUUAUUUUAUUUUGUUUAAGCAUUUUCACGCUUUUUCUUCUGCUCUUUAGCGCGUCCAAUUUUUACCCAAUUGCGUCAUGCUUCCUCUCUACUGGUGCCGACCCCCGUCCUGAUUGAGGCGAGAACUGACACACGCCCCCUCCGACACAUGUGCAGUACCCGACUGCAUCUUUUCACCUGCACGAGGCGAGUUAAUAUGCAGAUCAGCCUUGUGCAAGGAGAGCCACACCCUGAUCAACACAUUAUUCCUCGACUCCAUGCCAUCAAUCAGCCAGCAGAGGUGGUAAUUGCAUCAGUUAUGAGGUCCAUAUCCGGCUCCAUUUUUGUAUGAACGACAGUCAAGCCGGAUGGCAGAGCUGAGAUUCGAUACGAUGUAUUAAAAAUCCCGGCUCUGUUGUGCUAGCGUGUUUUACCGCUGCGCCACCUGAGAAUCAUUUAAAAUAAAUACAAAAAUCUAAGCUUUUUCCCCCAUCUCCUAUCUGAUCUGAUACCUGUGUGAAAUGAUGCCAAAAUAUGUACCAAGAAACAAAGUUAUGAUGGGUUUUUUUGUGUGAUUCAGUAGCUUUUUUCUGUGUAUUUUAGUCACACGUUGAGUUGACGUGAGAUUACAGCUUAUUACAGUUUAUUCAAGAUGCAGAACUAAUAAUUACAUAUAUUUGCAGUAUUGUGCAAUCGUUUCAGUUGGUUUUGCAUUUAAUGCCGUGUUCGAUACUUUAAGCUUGCUUGCAGUUCUGAGAUGUACAGAUUAAACACUCGCUGUUUGGAGAAUUAUACGUCUGACCUGCUGUGUUUACAUGCAGUCAUUUUCUUGUAAAUAUUUUAAAUAAAUGUUGCUGCUAAGUGUGAGAUGCUGGUUUUUCCUCGUAUGUAACAACAAAUUGUUAAA